GAGAGAGAUCAGGGGGUAAGAGCUGAGAAUAAAAGCAAGCUUCGCAGAGACGGAGCCAGUGUCCCGUUAUUAGCAUGCUGGUCUGGUCACUGUGGUGCUGCUGCCUUUCUGCUCUAAUACAGUCAGACUUCAGGCCUGCUGCUGUUGGCUGAAUCCUUCAGGAGAUACAUCAACAAAGAUGUCAAUUCAACCACAGGAGAUGACGGGAAACACCUGCAUCUAAACCUGAAAGGACGACACGUUUGCUUUGAAGCAGCAGCGAGCAGGGACAGGUCAGCAACCUUUUUCUCGGUUUGAAACUCUGGUUUUAUAAAUCUCAAGCUUUGGAAACUAACUUGGCAGAUGUCCCUGCGGUUCUCCUCACUUGGCCGUAUCCUGGUUACUACUGUGGCUUGUUGACUGUUAAAAGAAACAAGUCUUUCUUGGAUUUAAAAGAAACACUCCAACACUUCCACAUCCCCCAGUGUGCAGCGUUCCUGAGCAGAGCAGAGGGAUCCUUAUCCUCCCAACAACUACAACAACAACAACACUGCUUCACCUCCGAGAUGCUGAACCUCAACUCGCCUGACAACAACAGCAACAGGAACUCUCUCCAGGACCCGGUGUCGCUGAACGUCGGUGGAGAAAUUUACACGACAACCCUGGACACUCUGACGCGCUGCCGUGACUCCAUGCUGGGCGCCAUGUUCACGGGGCAAAUGCCUGUGCUCAGGGAUAACAGAGGAAACAUUUUCAUAGACCGCGACGGCAAGGUCUUCAGGUACAUUCUGAAUUACCUGCGCUCCAGCUCCCUGGACCUGCCGGACAGCUUUUCAGAGCUGGCGCUGCUGCAGAGAGAGGCUGAUUUCUUCCAGAUACACCCCCUGCUGGAGGAGAUCCGCCGAUACGAGGCAUCAGUUCCUCGCAGCCUCAGAGGAGGGCCGCUCGGAGCUAUGAUUAUGGUCAACGUUGAGUCCAAGGUCCGCGUUCUCCACUUUAACUUACGCCACGGGCCAGAAAACUAUGAGCUUCGUACGUGCUCCGUUCGAGCCUUUACAGCCGACCUCUUUUGUACCUGGAGAGCUUUCCUGGGUCUGCUUUGCGAGCGCUUCUCCUACAGAACAUCCCAGGGUCUCACAAGCCCCCAUCCGUGCAACUCCAGGCAGAACAGGCUGAAGCUGGAGUGGGUGCCGAGGCCCGACGAACUCCCGCAGGACCAAUAUGACAAACAGCGCUACCAGGGACUAACCGUCUGUAACCCUGAGGCCGCGCAGUCAGACGACAUCAUCAACAUGCACCCGAGCCCCUGUGAAAUCGCUGACAUGCAGAGCUUUGUGGAGGAGCUGCUGAAAGUGUCUCUGGCUGAAGGCUUCAGGGUUGAUCUGGUGACCCCUGACCCAGCGGAGAUUCUCAACUGCACCUCGCUUCGGCUUGUCAAGGGCUGAGCUCUGGGUGGAGCAUUAAGCUAGCUAAAAAAACACAAGGACACGCCAAGCUGGUGAUCUAUGGAUGGUUCUGUUUAGUCACAUCUGAACCAGUUACACUUAGUUUAAUCAAUAGGAUUAACUUAGUAAUGUGGAAGUUAAAAGGAUACACAUUAUAACUGGGAGCUAACUUUUUUUCUAUGUGGCCUCUAUGCCUGUGCUCCUGUCAUAGAAUUAACCAAAUGAAUAAAUAACAGGGUAUGUUAAUUUGAAUAUUGUUUUACAUGUCACACUGUCAGCAUUUAAUGUAACAUUUAGAUAUAACAGCCUUUUUCAGACACUGUGUCCGAAGCAUUGCUAGCUUCAUCUGUCUGUUACGGUGAGGGCACCGGGGCGGCUUUCACAUACAUACAGUAUAACAUGACUGUGAGCUGUAAUGCAGUGGCAGCACUGCUGGAGAACAGAAGAAGAAUAUUCCUAAGUGAGAGCACAGGAUGCACGACUGACUUCAUGUUGAUCUCCACAGCAGAGAUGCAGCCUCCAGCAGCUCUGGGCUGGGCUGUGAUUCCACACUCACCAAGAUGCAUUGUGGGUAUCUAACAAAUGUAUUGAGUGCAUUACCAAAUGCAGAAACCUAUACACUGUGCACAUCUACAGUUGGCUGUUUCCUGCUCUGCCUCUAUUUGUGCAUCGCAACAUAUCAAGCUAUGUUACCAUGUUAGCUCUGCCAGCUGUUGGUCACCGUGUGUGUGUGCACAGAAAACUAAGGCCACAUUCAGACAGACAUUUGCCCUGUGUUAAAACAACAUUAAGUCCAGUUAGAGGAAUUGCCUUGUUGCAUUGAUGUUGCCAUGUUGUGUCGCACCAAAGCAGAAACACUGAAUCAGGUUCAUCUUUUCUGCCACACGAUGCAGUGUUGUUUCGAACAACAGCCAUCACAGCCUCCCUACUGCGUCAGCGCACUUCCCACAUUCAGAUGAAUGAGAAGGAGAGUGUUUUUACACAUGGCAUAACAAAGUAGAGACCCACUCUCGGAGCAUAGCUCCAUAGCAAGAGUAAAGGUCAGAUCCACAGGGUUCCUCUGACCGUGGAGCUAGAACCCUGAGUCGAUUAGCUGACUUUAGCAUAGACUGGAAUCAGACAGUAGGUCAGAUGCUGAAAUAGUAAGGCUUUCUCAGUGUGAGGAGCCCACUGCUAUUUAACUCAGAAGUCCAAACUCCAGAGGAAGGGAGGAUGGAGUACAAUCAGUUUGCAGUUGGAACAGCAGAAUUCCUGCCACUGGCUCAGCUUGGCUCUGGUGAUUCAUCUUCAACACAGCUGUACCUCACUGUGACAAACUCAACUCUAAUUUCUUCCAACAGACUUUUUAAUAGAAAAGUCUCAUUGAUAGUGUGAUGGAGUCAAAGGAUAUCUCUGUUAUUCAAUCUGUGACAAAAAAAUAAAAUAUAAUAUAACAUGGACUGCAGCACCUCUGUUCAUUUUCUUCAUGUACAUUUAUAAAUUCCACAGAGGCAGCACUGUUAGUGUCCAAUAAAAACAUGAGCAUAACUUUACCUUCAGUGUGACGGCAACAGAUAUUAUAUUUAAUAUCUGAGACUAGAGUUUAUCUGUCACAAGAAAUUGCAUCAAAUAUAUGAACACUACGGAGACAUCAGAGCCAGCAGGAAAUGACCAAAGACAAGACUAUUCUCCUCUUAGGAGCUGGACCGCUAAACUGCCCACCCAGCUGACGGGUCCUCACUGCCUCAGAAAACACUGGAGAUACACUGAUCCAUACUCAAAUUGAGAAAGUGGUUACUUUAAUUGCCUGAGAAAAUUCAAAAUUUAAUAAAGUGACAUAAUAGCAGGCCUAGCCAUCACAGCGGGCCAGCACAAAGUGCAUUCUGGGAUACAUGACUCCCCCAGGCCCACACAAGUCAGAAGUGUCCUACCAGGUGGAGCAUCAACACUUGCUUGCAUUGAGUUGGAACGGAGCUGUGACGUUUCACAAGAACACGAGUAUAGACACGAACGCUGACCGAGAAAGGCCUUGUUUACUUCCUGGAUUCCCACAAUCCUCUUGAGGUGGAUGAGUUCCAGUUAAUGCGCAGAGAGUACCGAUCUCAUCUCCCUCUGAAGCAUGAAAGUGAGUAAGCAUGUUUCCAAAAAUUCAAACUGGGUAUAUAGUUGCCUCAAGGGAACAGCACUGUUGAGAAAACACGAGCAACAAGUAUAAACACAGGAACUCUGCGGGCUGAAGUCCCAUUCUCUGCACGCUCUACACCCGGGACUGUGUGACCUCCCAGUACGACACCAAUAUUAUAAAAUUUGCUGAUGAUACCACAGUCAUUGGACUGAUACCUGCGGUUGAUGGUUCAGCAUACAGGAGGGAGGUGGCUGCCUCGUGACAUGGUGUCAGGACAACAAUCUACCUGAAUGCCAAUAAAACAAAGGAGACGAUUGUUGACCCACGGAGGAAGAGUGAACGGCACCCACCACUGCACACUGGGGAGACUGAGGAAGUCCUGACUGCCUCUGUAUUUCUUGAGAAGGGUUAGAAAAUCUGGAAUCAAACAAAGUCCUCCGCAGAUUCUAUAGUUCUAUGCACAAUCAAGAUCAUCCUCAGCACCUCCAUCACAGUCUGGUUUGGAGAUUUCACAGCACAGGAGAGCAUCUCCCAGUGUCACAGACCAGGGUCAUCAUUAAGGACAGGAGCCACCCACCACACAACACUCCCAACGCUCCAGAGGUGCAGGGAUUCACCCCAUCCUGCAAACACUUUUGAUCUGCAUACACUAUUCAUUUUUACAUGUCCUCAUAUAUAUAUUUUGACUCUUUUGUUGCAUGUUUGUUAUUUAGAUCUUGUGUUUUUGUUGAUGUCUGAUGUUACUGGAAGCUGACAGACUGUUUCCUGUACAUAUCACAAUAAAGUCAGUUUACUGUCAGUUUUAAUUAUGAAGGUAAAGGGUUUUUUUUUUCUACAUGAUUUGCAUAAAUGGAACAAUGAAAAUAGAAUGAGGUAUCAAAACGAGCUCAUUCACAGUAUUUAAUCACUAAUGAAACUGACUGUAUUUCCUUGUGGGAGGGCUGUAUUCAUAUGACCUUUAAAUGACUUACAGGGGGAGUCAGAUGAGUCACAGUGUGUGUAAUUUUAGUCUGGCAGAAGAGGUAGUAGAGGAAAUUCAGAGGAGGUGAAGAUGUGUCUUGCCUGAAGAGGAAAGGUGUCUAGUUGUGAAAACAAACCCAGCGGUUGCUUUCCUCUCGCUCCCUCUCUGAACUUCCUUCCGUGGACUGUGAGAGAUGUGAUGAGCACGAACUGAAAGCUUUAUGGUUAGACACAGACACAUGCACAUCACAUAAACCUUUAUAGCUUGACUCUUAGAUUUAGUGAUUUGCUUCAGAUUCAUUAUUGGCUGACGUUUGAGGAUCUCAUUGUGUGUGUGUGUUUGUGUGUGUGCA